AUGGAUAUUUCGGCCUGCUGCUCCCCCGGAAGCCUCUUUCGUGAAAAAACAUUUAGGAUUAGGAAUAUUCUAAGUUCCAAGCUUGUCCUACCCCAUCGUCUUCUUAAUUUUUACACUUCAAAUCUGCUUACUAGCACGGACUCCAUGAGGAAUACAGGCUCUAGUUUCCCUGAUCUUUCUUUACAAAUCAGUCCACCAUCCUUGAGGAAUUAUGAUAUCAAAGAAGUAGGAUACGAUAUUGGAUUGAUGGUGAAAAGUUCUUAUCCUAGUGACCGUAGCUCGACCACUGAUUCCGGAAGCUGCGGAAGCGAUUUAAGCCAUGAAAAUGGUGGGUUUGAUCCAGAAAGGAGUUUAAGUUAUCCUUCUGUCGAUCCAACUUUGAGUCUAGGGUUCGACAUGGCUGUUUCCAAUCCUCUUCCCCUCCAACCUCCGAGAAAUUUCCAAGCGUGCCACCAUUAUCAACCUCAAAUAUACGGACGUGACUUCAAGAGAAAUUCAAGAAUGAUAAAUGGGCUUAAAAGAAGCGUUAGAGCUCCUCGAAUGCGAUGGACUUCAACUCUUCAUGCUCAUUUUGUUCACGCAGUUCAGCUCCUCGGUGGCCAUGAAAGAGCUACACCAAAAUCAGUGCUGGAGUUGAUGAACGUCAAGGAUCUAACCCUAGCUCAUGUCAAGAGUCAUUUGCAGAUGUAUAGAACAGUAAAGAGCACUGACAAAGGAGCAGCAGGACCAAUAGGGCAGACAGACGUGGUUUUGAGCCAAGGGACAGGGAUGGCUGAAGUUGAGAGCCUUGAAGCAGGCGUGGAACUGUCUUGUGAGAAGGCCGGUUCCAACCCUUCUGCAAAUUCAAUCAAUAUUUCACUACCAUCAUCAUCACCAUCACUACCAAUAACACUACACAAUGCUCAGAGACCUUCAUGUGAGUUGCCACCAAGGACAAAUAUAUGGUGCCACCCAAGUCAAGAAAAUUCAUUGAGAUGUUAUCAACAUGGAGACAAGGAUACAAAGGGUGCCGGAAUUGAUUCACUCCACCAUAUGUCCGGGAAAAUGGAGAAGAAGCUAGAUAGUAAUAGUACAAAUAGGUCAAUGUUGGCAUCUUCCGGCAUGCUGCUCAAUCUUGAGUUCACCCUCGGGAGGUCAAGCUGGCAACUGGACCACGACGCAAAUAAUACUACUGACUUGACCAUUAAUCUCAAAUGUUGA